AUGAACAAGACAUUAUUUUUUUUAGUAUUUGUUUGCAUUUCUGUAAGUUUAGCUAAGAAAGCCAACGAUGAAGAAAAGCCGGAUUGGGCUAAGAAGGAUAUAAGAGAUUUCUCCGAUGCUGAUAUGGAAAGAUUAUUUGACCAAUGGGAAGAAGAUGAGGAACCCUUGCCAGAAGAUGAAUUACCAGAACACCUUCGAAAGCCUCCAUCAAUAGAUUUCACCAAGCUGGAUAUGUCUGACCCAGCAAAUGUCUUACAAGCAACUAAAAAAGGACAAACUUUGAUGAUGUUUGUCUCUGUAGCGAACAAGCCCUCCAGAGCAAGGACUGAAGAACUAACAAAAAUCUGGCAGACCAGUUUGUGGAGUAAUCAUAUUCAAGUUGAAAGAUAUCUUGUAGAUGAUGACAGAGCAAUCUUCAUGUUCAAAGAUGGAUCUCAGGCUUGGACUGCAAAGGAAUUCCUCUUGGAACAAGAAGAACUUAAAGAGGUGCAGCUAGAAAGUCAAACUUAUACAGGAAAGAAACCUGAUGUUAAAAAUAAGUCUCUUCGGGAUGAAUUAUAA